GCUCGAUGAAGGAAAACUUGAAGGCAGCAUGCACCGACUACGCAGGACAAGUGUUUGAGCGGAACCACGUGACCCAGGCGCUGGAGGAGCGCAUCGCACUUGCCAUGUACAAGAUCGACGAGGCGUCGGCGUUGGUGGAUGCGCAUGUAGACUUGGAAAUGGAUGACGAAACCCGCGAGUCCAUCGCGUUGCUUCUCCACCGCAGCGAGUUGUUGCAGCGGCAAUUUCGCGCGAUCGACCACAUGGAGCGGAUAGUAGACGCCAUGGCUGCUUCAACGAAACAGAUCCAGGAACGCAUGGAGGCUGUGCAGAAACAUGCCGAGCCCAUUUUGAACCCCACGCAGAUUUCAGCAAUGCUCAAGCGGACGUUGGCCCUCGGACGCAAGAAAGCAAGUAGUUCGGGUGAUACGUCCGCUGUGAACACUAUCGCAUGGGAACCUGUCACGUUCAUUCCAAGCACGUCAACGUGUAUGAAGCGACUGGACGAGAUCAUGGCGCACAGACCCGACGAGAUCGCCGCGGCGUACACGACACCUUCCAUUUCAUCGACUGAAAUUGAUAAAGCAGUCUGAUGGACACGACGGGUGCAACAGGCUUAUUCCCUUAUCGCAAUCAGGGCACACGGGGUAGUACGGCAACGUGAUCUAAAUGUGAACGAAGGAACUCUCGUUCUCAAGCUGUCCU